CGGUCUAGCCUGACUUCCAUUGGUCUAGUUUCGGUUUAGCUUCUAGAAAACAAACGCGACUUUUUAAGCUUUUUGGCCUAUGCAAGCCACCGUAUAAGUGACAUAUGAGCCAGAGUUACAGUUCAUGACGUCAGGCAGAAGUUCGGCAUGGCGGCCGUGUUCCUUGUCACCCUGUUUGAAUACUCUCCUCUCUUCUACAUCGCCGUGGUGUCGCUCUGCUUCAUUGUAACCGCCGCCAUGGUGCUGGGAUGGUUCGGGUUUGAUGUCCCAGUCAUCCUCCGCAGCUCUGACGAUGGAGAAUCCAUCACGCCAGCACCUGAGAAACGCAUGGUCCAGGUGACUAACCCUUUUGCUCUAGAGGUUGGAUCUGGUUCUGCAUGUGUCACAGGCGGCGUGACUCUGAAACCCGUUUGCCUGGAACCCUGCAGCCUGAGCUGCUUCUGGGGCUGUGAGAUCUGGGCCCUGCAGGGAGCGCUGCAGACCCAUCAGAGCCACCAGCGUUUCAGCAGCAGCCUCCUCCUGGAGGCUCUUAAGCAGCGCUGCCUCUUCUCCCACAGCUUCCACGUCGGCUGUGUGGACAGACAGGAACAACACACGGUCAUCCCUGCCCAUCUCGGCAUCACAGACUUUGGGCCCCUCCCCAGGGACCGCUACCCCCUGGUGGCAGUACUGACCCUGGCAGAGGACGAGGCAGAGAAUAUGUAUGACAUUGCCAGUGUGACAGUCGUCCACGUUCCUGACGACAAAUACAACUUGUCUGCUCGGAUCCUGUUUCAGUACCUGCUGACCUCCGUGGGAAGUGUCUAUGAGCUGAAGCCUCUCUUCAUGUCCGCUGAUGGCACAGCAGAGCCAGGACCUCCUGAGCAGCAACACAGCGACCAGCGGGAUGAGCCCAACGAGGAGGACAGCUGGUCGGAGGGGCGGGGUCGGGACUGCGUGGUCUGUCAGAACGCGGCAGUGAGCCGUGUGCUGCUCCCCUGUAGACACGCCUGCGUGUGCGGCAGCUGUCUGCCGCGGUUCCAGCACUGUCCCAUCUGCAGGGCCUUCGUCCUGGAGUCUUUCGUUCUGGGAACGGCGUCUGAUCGCUGAUGCAUGCCGUACAAUUCAAAGAACAGCAGCUUCCCGCCGUCAAGGCUAGACCUAGAAUCAAGAGGCCUGAUCCUGCUGCAUGCUCCGACGUUGGAUUCUGUGAUGCAGAAGUCCACCGACCGAUCCUGAGAGGACAGGGAUCACAUGACGCAGCAGCAUAGAGGAACCGGACCUUUGGACUCGGUAUUUGUGCAUGUAGAGGACAUUCUCCAUUGGUUUUGUAAACAAGUGUGAUUGUUCUCUAGUCUAGAGGAGGUGAAUCACUAGAGCCUUGAAACGCGAGUUUCAUGGAUCCUUAAAUCACAAAAAGAGGUCAACAGUAGCAGAAUAAAAACUGAUCAAAGGUGAUCCAGUCAGGUUUAAGCAGGAAGUCUGAACCUUCAUCGUUUUCUGUACUACUGAUUCGUUCACCAGCAAGGUGAUGAUCAUAGCUAAUCAAGAAGUUGGUUCAUGCAGCAGAUCUUAAGAGUGGUUCUGAAGGUCAAGCAGCUCCAACAUAAAAACAGAAUAAAAAGUUUGACCCACUAGUUUCUGUAGACGUUUGUAAAGGGCAGUUUUAACGGGUUAUUUUAUGCUCGAUGGUUGUUGACAUACGUUAAGUAACCAAAUCUGAUCUUUCCUCAAACCAAUUUAUCAGGCAAGAAAGAAAAUAAAGCUGUUCUAGAGAUUAGGAUUAGACAGCUUCGUGUCAGUCAGAAAGCCAAAUCCCUUUAAGGGCAAUUUCAAGGCUCUUAUAUUGAAACAAGAUAAAAUGGGAUUGUCUUAAUUAAAAGCAACCUACAAAAGGUAACUGGCUGACUUGAUUUGAUUCCAGUUGAUUUUUUUAAGGGAAUCAGAAAUCUACCGUUUCCAGACUGAGUCUGUCCAGGCAACAUUGCAGGCCUUUUUUAUACAUUUCCUUAAGAGGCUGUUUGAAGGAUUUUUCAAAAUAAAAUAGACCAUGUAAUGCGUGAGGUAUAAAGUAUUUCACAAAGACGGAGGACAUUUGUAAAAACCAGUCUGAAGUAUCUUUAUUUUCUUUAAGUUGGCCCGUUUAACAAUGAACUGAACUGACUUGCCUGUGUAGCAAACACUAAGUAGUUUUCUGAAUGAGCCUCAACCUGGAAGUCAAAGGACCUCCUGCUGGGACCAGAUCUCAGAAUCUGUGGUCUUAAAUGUGAGCGAGCCAUUUUUUCUGCUGUGGAUCCCCUUGGCUUCUCUAAAACCUGCCUGCCUGUCUCAGAUCCACACAGUCGCACAUCGAUGUGUAAACCAAAACAUAUUUCUGAACAUGUGUGAUGAAAAAUGAUGGGCAGACAGAGCGGCUCAGACUAACGCCUGGAGCCCGCCUCUAUUCUCAAUGUCUUUAGCUUCUUUGAGGGUGACUGCUCGGACACGACCAUUAGUUCAAAACAAAUC